GGUCACCCAUAAAUCAUAUUCAGUAUUUUUACGUUUUAAAUUCUAUUUGUUUUCUAUAGUAAAGCAGCAAGGGAGAAUUGUUCUUCCUCAGAAUUUAUUUCUUUGCUGCCAGGGACGUGCUACGUGUAGUGUAGUAACUGCUCAAGAUGACCAAAGCAGCUCGGUCUUUGGGGAAAAGGUGGUAGCUUGUAUACCCCAAAAUACUACUUCGGGGAGUUGGUCAGACCAGGUUGCCCCACUGCAAGCUGGUGUUUGAAAGUCUUCACUCAAGAGGGCGCCUUACAAACUCUCUCUCCUGCAUAGUAAUCUGCUUACAUGUGGAUCCACCACUCGCCUUUUCCCUCCCAAAUGCAACUUAAGCCCUAUCUUGGGUGGACUGGGCGCGAGCUACACGUGUCAGGUGUUUCAUCCGCUAGGCACGUGCAGAGGAAGUGACCCGGUUUAAAGGAGACACCCAGCGCGUACAAACGCUUUCUUCCAGCACACACAACAUCCGGUCUAAAUUGGGUUGCGUUGCGUUUACACGGAGAUACUCAAGGGACGGUCACCUACUUCAUGCUCGUGUGAACACUGCGCUGCACCAGAAACACAAAUGCAGGCGCUUUUGAUGGAGACACCUGGAAAUUGUAGCACCCCAUAUGCUAGAGUGACUUCUAAGUAUCGUACACAUCUGCAGGAUCCAAAGUCACAAGGGGGCAAAAGACGGUUGUCUCAGGCACGCAACAGAGCUACCUUGGCAGGACUUUUCAACAACCUACGAGAAACAGUAUAUUCUCAGCAAGAUAACUCCACAUCAAAGUGUCAGGUUUUAUGCAAGGCUAAGAAUUAUAUCCAGGAGCUGGAGAAAACCUUGGAAAACUUGCUGAAAAUGAAAGAGGUUUUAAAUCUGGAGGAUGGCCAUCCAUCGAGCUUGGAGGAAGUAAAGGAAGAAUAUGUCAAAAUGUACUUCAACAAUCACAGUGCUGCUGCAUCCCCUCCUUCAAAUUCUGCAAGUCAGAGUGGCGCUACCGUCUGGUACGUGAUUCAGGAACACGAAAAGACCUCGGUAGGGGAGGAUGUGACUCUGAGGCUGACGCAGUCGCCAGCUGCCUCUUCUCCUGACCUCAUGGAGUUUGAGCGAUACUUACAUUUUUACAAACAGACAGUAGACCUGCUGGUAGAUAAUGGGGUUGUGAGCCCCGAAGACGUUACUCUUCCUGUGGUGUCCACAGCCGUUUCCCACCUGUGGCAGGGCCUCCCUGAAGAGAGGAGGGACGGUGUCCUGCAGUACUGUAAUCAGAGGCAGAAUUUCAUCACUGAGGUCAAGAUGGCUUCCCAAGAGCCUCCUUGUACUGAGGGCAGUGUGAGGGACAGCGGAGCUAGUCAGGAAGCCAGCGGUUCGCUAGUAUCCACACCAGAGGAGAUCCUCUUUGAAGAUGCAUUUGAUGUGGCAACUAGCUUCCUGGAUAGAAAUGAAGCCCAAGAAAUGUCCAGCCAAAGCUCAGCAUUCACAGGCUGUACUUCAGAAAGCCAAGAGGAUUACCAUCACCUCUACCUGCAGAUCAUCAGCUUCUUGAAGAGCCUGUUUUUUGCUAACACACAACCAUCCCAGGAAGAGGUUCUCCAGCUGGAUUAUGAGACUGUGAUGCUGAGAUGCACAGAGACAUUUGAUGACGAAGAUUUGUAAAUUAAGAUGGUUCUAUUAAGCAUGUGCGGGGCGGGGUCCUAAUUGUUACUUAAUGACACCCCUCAGCCUAUGCCACCAUGAGAAGCGAUGCUGCUUCAAUUCCUUGGUGUUCAUCAUGUUUAAACGAGUUCUGUUUGUUUAUACUACAUAAUUCUUCAUCAGUUAAAUUAUUUGUACUUUUUACAUGUAUUGCAGUUUGAUAUUUAUAAAGUUAAAAUU